GUCACAGCUGCCUUUACAGUCUGCAUUAUUUUCAUCAUUUGUACUCAUAUCGUUACUAGAAUCGAUCCUGAAAAUAUUAAAACCACUAAACAAGUUCGGAAAUUGUAUAUAUUUUUGUCAAGUUUUUAAUAUUAUAUUAAUUGCCAAAAUGUUGCGGUCUUGCGUAUCCGAAGCGAUCAACUCGAGUCGCUGUUUCACGCGAAUGUACUCGAAGGAAGUGCGCUUUGGAUCCGGAGUUCGGGCACUGAUGAUCCGGGGAGUUGAUGUCCUGGCAGAUGCGGUGGCCGUGACAAUGGGUCCCAAGGGACGCAGUGUCAUAGUGGAGCGACCCUGGACAUCACCGAAGAUAACCAAAGACGGCUUUACAGUGGCUCGGGCAAUUGCUUUGAAGGAUCAGCACAUGAAUCUGGGCGCCAAGUUGGUGCAGGAUGUGGCCGACAAUACAAAUGAAUCGGCUGGAGAUGGCACUACCACAGCAACUGUUCUGGCUCGAGCCAUAGCCAAAGAGGGUUUCAAUCAAAUCACAAUGGGUGCCAAUCCCGUGGAGAUUCGACGUGGCGUCAUGAUGGCCGUGGAUGUGGUAAAGGAGAAACUUAAAGAGAUGUCCAAGGCAGUGGAAACCCGUGAGGAGAUCCAGCAAGUGGCAACCUUGUCGGCUAAUGGUGAUACGGAAAUAGGUCGCCUCAUUGGCGAGGCCACCGAUAAAGUGGGUCCCAAAGGAACUAUCACUGUGAAGGAGGGCAAACGUCUCAAGGAUGAGCUGAAAAUUAUCCAAGGCUUACGCUUCGAUAAUGGCUAUGUCUCGCCUUUCUUCGUGAACAGCGCCAAAGGUUCUAAAGUUGAGUUUGCUAAUGCCUUUGUCUUGAUCUCACUGAAGAAGAUCACUGCCCUCACGGAGAUUGUGAAAGGUCUGGAGCAAUCCCUGCGGCAGCGACGUCCUUUGAUCAUCAUAGCCGAGGACAUAAGUGGCGAGGCUUUGAAUGCUUUGGUUCUGAACAAGCUAAGAUUGGGUCUUCAGGUCUGUGCAGUCAAGUCGCCCAGUUAUGGACAUCAUCGCAAGGAGCUUAUAGGUGAUAUAUCCGCUGCCACGGGAGCUACUAUUUUCGGGGAUGACAUCAACUACUCCAAGAUGGAGAAUGCCAAGCCAGGCGAUUUGGGUCAGGUUGGCGAGGCUGUCAUCAGCAAGGAUAGCACCAUGUUGCUGCAGGGCAAACCCAAGCCAGGAUUACUGGAAAUGCGCAUUGAACAGAUUAAAUAUGAACUGGCGGAUAAGCAAACUAAGCCCGAGCAGCGUGAACGUCUCAGGCAACGCCUUUCCGCCUUAACAAAGGGCGUGGCAGUGCUCCACAUUGGCGGUGGGAGUGAAGUGGAGGUGGCUGAGAAAAAGGAUCGCGUGGUGGACGCUCUAAAUGCCACUCGAGCUGCCAUUGAGGAGGGAAUAGUUCCGGGUGGCGGCACCGCCUUCCUGCGCUGCAUUCCCCAUCUGCGCGAACUCAAGAUGGAAAGCGCGGAUCUGCAAAAGGGCGUCGAUAUCAUUUGCAAUGCCCUGAGAAUGCCCUGCCAGACAAUUGCUCAAAAUGCAGGAGUGGAUGGUGCCAUGGUGGUGGCCAAGGUUUUGGAUGGCUCCGGGGACUAUGGAUACGAUGCCAUGGGUGAUGAGUACUGCAAAAUGGUCGAGAAGGGCAUCAUUGAUCCAACGAAAGUGGUGCGAACUGCCAUCACGGAUGCGGCUGGAGUGGCUUCGCUUUUGAGCACCACCGAGGUGGUGAUCACGGACUCCAGGAAUGAUGAUCUUAUGGCCAAGUUAGCAGGAGCUGCUGGUGGCAUGGAUGAUGGGCUGGAUAUGAACAUGGGUGGUCUGGAUGAACUAGCAGCCCUGAGUGGACUGGGAGGCAUGGGUGGCAUGGGAGGAAUGGGUGGAAUGGGUGGCUUGGGAGGAAUGGGCGGUGGAUUCGGCGGCAUGGGAGGAAUGGGUGGUGGUGGUGGCAUGAGCGCAUCCACCAGCGAUGGACCCACCGCCGAGGAAAUGAACGAGAUGGUCAAGGCUAUCCCCGGCAUGGAGCAGGUGGAAGUGCGUGACAUCGACAGUGGAAUUAUGUAGUUCAAUCAUUCAUCAUCCUUUAAAACUCAUCUAUUUGGUUAGGCCUUAAAUUCUAUGUGUUUUAGCGGUCAAAAUCUAUUCCAUUCUGAAAUAUAAAUUGUCAAUUGUGUGUUAAAAGAA